AUGUCUUAUCAACAGCAGCAGUGCAAGCAGCCCUGCCAGCCACCUCCCGAGUGCCCACCUCAGUGCCCAGAGCCGUGCCCACCCCCAAAGUGCCCUGAGCCAUGCCCACUCCCAAAGUGCCCUGAGCCAUGCCCACCUCAGCUGUGCCAGCAGAAAUGCCCUCCUGUGCAACCUCCUCCACCAUGCCAGCAGAAGUGCCCACCCAAGAGCAAGUAACAGUUCCAGCG